AUGUCGUCCGAACAGCUGGCUCAAUUACAGAAGCCUACGGGCGAAUACCGCCAGUAUCUCCCGGACCUGAGUCUGAAGCGCUUCCAGGUGAUGCGCGACCAGGAUGCGCACGAGUACGCGCAUGAUUUCAAGACGCUGCGCCAGCCGCCCUGGCUGCAUGCGCUGUAUAUGCACUGGUUGGAUUUGUUGCAGGAGCCUUUUAAGGGUGUCACGACUGAUGGAAACGUGCGUCCCGGUCUGUUCACAUUACAAGACGAAGGCGUCCCCAUCGCGGAGAUUGUCACCGCAACAGAGUCCCUGCUCUCCAUCCUCGACGACAACCAGCGCCAAUCCCUCAGCUACCACAUCGACUCGCCCGAAUGGCGCACAUGGUCCAACCCCGAAUUCCUCCUCAGCCACAAGGGCCUGCGUCUCGACGAAGUCACCCCCUCGGUCCGCGACGCCAUCAUGCACAUCCUCGAGAUAACGCUCUCCCCAGAAGGCUACGACAAGGCCGUCAAAGCCAUGCGCAUCAACCACUUCCUCGGCGAACUGGUCGAGGCCCCCCGCGUCAUGAACGAGUUCUCCUACAACUUUGUCCUCUUCGGCCGCCCCUCCCCCGACAGGCCCUGGGGCUGGUCCUUCUACGGCCACCACCUCUGCCUCAACAUCUUCCUGUACAAGUCCCAGAUCGUCGCCUCCCCCUGGUUCACCGGCGCCGAGCCCAACGAGAUCGACGCCGGGCCCCACGCAGGCACCCGCAUCAUGCAAGUCGAGGAGCAACUCGGACUCCAGCUCAUGCAGUCCCUCUCGCCCGAACUCCACUUCCAGGCCCGCGUCUUCGCCCAGAUGCACGAUCCCGCGAUGCCCCCGGGCCGCUGGAACAAGGACGACCAGCGCCACGUCUGCGGCGCAUACCGCGACAACCGCGUCGUCCCCAACGAGGGCAUCCCCGCCACCUCCCUCACCGAAUCCCAGAAACAACUCCUCUACGGCAUUCUGGAGCAGUACCUCCUCUACCUGCCUGCGCGCGCGAGGGAGUUGAAACUCGCCCAGGUGCGCCAGUACGAAAGUGAGACAUACUUCUGCUGGAUUGGCGGGUUCGGCGACGAGGAUCCCUUCUACUACCGUAUCCAGAGCCCUGUCAUUCUUGUCGAGUUUGAUCACCACUCUGGUGUGUUUUUGAAUAAUGAGGAGCCAAAGAAAUUCCAUAUCCAUACGCUGUUAAGGACGCCCAAUGGGGGCGAUUACGGGAUGGCGCUGCGGCCGUUGAUUCCUGCUGUGGAGGGGAUUAAUGGGAAGGAGAUUACGUGGGAGAAAUCAGCCUUGUAG